CAAGGACCAUGCCCCCUGCGCCCUAUCCGCUCUGUUGAACCGCCGCGUGCUCCGACAUGGACGCGUUCCUGACUACUCUCAAGCAGCUCGGCCAGUUCGCCGGCCAGAUGCUCCUCGGUGGCAUGCUGGCCUCGGGCGGCUUCCUCCUGAGUCUGUUUGCCCCUGUCCUCAUCCGCUUCGUGCCUACUCUCGGCGAAAAACCCGCAGAACGACGGCUGGCCAAGCGCCUCGACGCCUCCAAGAAGAUUGCCGGCCUUGAGUCGCUCGAAAGCGUGCACAGCGAGAAGACGCGCACGUCCGUGGUCACGAACGUCACCUACGUCCCGCUGAGGACGGAGUCUCCUGACUCGUCCGCGCCGUCGCACGAGGCAGACAAGCACGUCACCUUCACCAUCCAACCUCCGACCCACUACGUCCCCGUCAGCGGCAACCUGAAAGGCUCCAAAUCGUCGUUCCCCAAGUUUCAGAGGAAGCCGCGACCGAGUGCGCUUCCGCUCCCACUCCCUCCCGCAUUCGAAAUAUCCUUGCCGACCACUGCGCCCGCCGCUCAUCUACCCACGCCGUCUAGCGGCAGCCUCUUCGACAAGGUGAAGAUGCGUACACCCUCCGAAAAGUCGCGCUCUCCCCAAGUCUCGCCGCGGCCCUCGCUGAAGGAGCUUUGCACGAAAAAGAGCAAGAGAGCGAAGGUGUUCCGGUCGGCGACGGCGCCCGUGCCGAAGAUCAAGAAGCGCCCGUCCUCCUCACCUCGGGAUCAACAGGCUUCGACGUCUUACGCCGAGGACUGCUACUUCCACCACGGCCUAAAGCGACAAGCUUCUGGUCUGAUGACUCCCCUCCCUAGCGACUCCGAAAUCGCCGACAGUCGCGUCCCCUGUCCCAUCACGAAGCGUAAAUCGUCCAGUCCGAAACCAACGCCUCGCACGCAACCCUAUGCAGCCCCCUACUUUUUCCCUUCUCCUGGCUCGCCAGAGGCGACAGACUACGUGCGUCGUGUACGCGAGGAGCGGCGGCAGUACCCCCGACGCGCCGCGUCGAUCGACGUCACCCUACCUCGGACUGAGCCCGCGUCGUCCACCCCGCCCGUGCUGGCGGCGAGUCCUAGCCUGACUCCGCCCGUGCAGCCGCCCGUGACGCCGCCUUCAGAGAAGGCGCCGCCGGGCAUGGCGCGUACACGGAGUCUACCGAGGAAGGGCAGCGCGCUGAGGAGGUUCAGUUGGGGCCCCACGGACGAUCUCGGGGUGCUGGAAAUAACGAAAGCGUCACCUCCGCCUGCGAAGGAGAAGGAGGCCAUGGGCGCUCGGUCGCCUUCGCGGCCGCUCUUUAAGUUGUUGGGCAAGUCGUCCCCACACGGGCAAGGAUAAGCUUUCCUUGCAUACUACCCUCACCGGUCGCGACGCAUUAUCUUAUACAUCAUAAUCACCGAUAUCACCCAUCGGCUCCCUCAGCGGAGGCAUCACGCUCUUUUACCCCUCAUACCGAGCAAGUAGAUAUCAUCCAGCACACUGAACACCC